GAAAUUUCUCUCAUUUGUAGAAUUUGCCCUAUAUAUACGUAGAAGUCGAUGUCUAAGGAGUCUCUCUUGCGUAUAACCUCGUUCGUCUCUCCUUCUCCUUCUCUUGCGGCUGCCAAAAGCGAAGGCGAGUUGAACGCAGGCUUAUUAGUUGCAUAGACGUGAUGGCUGAUCAACACCCAAGUGUAGCUCAGAUGGUGGCCGGUAGGCUAAACCUUGGUUCCAAUGCUCAAAUGAGGGGACUUAACCAACCCGCUCUUUACCAGAGGCGAUACUCUUAUGGAAAUUACUCUAGCGGAGCUUUCCAGUCUCAAGAUCUGUCUUUGAUUACUGGAAAUGCUUCCCCUGUUUUCGUGCAAGCUCCUUCUGAGAAAGGUCUAGCAGGAUUUGCCAUUGAUUUUCUCAUGGGUGGAGUUUCAGCUGCUGUGUCAAAGACUGCUGCAGCUCCUAUUGAGCGUGUUAAGCUUUUGAUUCAGAACCAAGAUGAGAUGAUUAAAUCUGGUCGUCUUUCUGAGCCCUACAAGGGAAUUGGUGACUGCUUCAAGAGGACAAUGGCAGAUGAAGGUAUGGUUGCAUUGUGGAGAGGAAACACUGCUAAUGUCAUCCGUUAUUUCCCCACCCAGGCCUUGAACUUUGCAUUUAAGGACUACUUUAAGAGUCUCUUUAACUUCAAGAAGGACCGUGAUGGUUACUGGAAGUGGUUUGCUGGAAACCUUGCAUCUGGUGGUGCAGCUGGUGCAUCAUCACUUCUGUUUGUCUACUCCUUGGAUUAUGCCAGGACCCGUCUUGCAAAUGAUUCAAAGGCAGCAAAGAAAGGAGGAGAGAGGCAAUUCAACGGUCUGGUCGAUGUCUACAAGAAGACCCUCGCAACUGAUGGUGUUGCUGGACUUUACCGUGGAUUCAACAUCUCAUGUGUUGGAAUCAUUGUUUACCGUGGGUUGUACUUUGGAAUGUACGACUCUCUGAAGCCAGUUCUCUUAACUGGAAGCUUGCAGGAUAGUUUCUUUGCUAGCUUUGGUCUUGGUUGGUUGAUCACAAACGGAGCUGGUCUUGCCUCCUACCCAAUUGACACUGUGAGAAGAAGAAUGAUGAUGACAUCUGGUGAAGCCGUCAAGUACAAGAGCUCAUUCGACGCCUUCUCUCAAAUCCUGAAAAACGAGGGUGCCAAAUCUCUGUUCAAGGGUGCUGGUGCAAACAUCCUUCGUGCUGUUGCAGGUGCUGGUGUGCUUGCAGGUUACGAUCAGCUUCAGAUGCUUGUUUUGGGAAAGAAGUAUGGUUCAGGCGGUGCUUAAGAAAAAGGCAAAAAUGCGUUUCUUCUCUCACAGUUUUCUUAGGUGAUGUUAGACAAUGAUGAAAAUUAGUUCUCAAAAGUUAUUCGGAUUUUUAUUAUUCAGCACAAAUUUUCUCAUUGAAAUAAGCUGAAGCCAGAGUGGGAUUAUAUAAUAAUCCUCCUUCUAAACAUUUUACAUUAUUCGGGCCACCUUUUUGUUUUUCGGGUGGAUUUUUAGUUCUUUUCAUAAUCCAGAGUUUACCGAAGUAUCGGUUUGAGGUUUAUUUCUUAUUUAAGUAAACAUGUCUGAUUUUCCAGAUAUAAUGUUGUUUCUGGUCAUAUUUUUCAAAUUGUUAUGUUUAACCUAUUAUGUUAUUUUGAAAAGUGACAUUGUUUUUAUU